GCUCGAUCUGGCGCGGCACCACCAUCACACUACACUCACUCUCUUCCGCCGCUCGCUUGUGACAUUGGCAGCGGCCAUCCACACAUGUAGUCAGCAUGAACUACCACACUCCUUCAGGUUCUCCUGUUCCCAACGGCGAGAUGUCGCGCGCCGACAUUGCUAGAGCCGCUUUGCGCUCUUUGGGCGGUCAGCAGCAGCAGCAGCAGCAGCAGCAGCAGCCAUCGUGGCAACAGCAACAACAUGUGGCGAUGCCGCAUCUUCCUCACCCGUCCAACCUCCCUGCUGCUCCAGCAGCUGCCGGCGGGUCCUACUUUGGAGGCACCGUAGUUGGCAGCUCACCAACCAGCUCCCCCAUCCUUGCACCGGCUCAAAGCUCAGGCAAUAUGGCCGCCCCUUCUGGUGUCGUUCGUCGAGUUUCGCAAAGACAAACCGGCAGAACGUCGGCCAGGCCACCAUCUUCGUCGUCUUGGUGCGACACUCCCGGCAGCCAGGCGAGUCAUUUGAGCAAUCAAAGUCACGCGAGCUACCUCAGCAGCACAAGCGCUGCGCCCAGCCUGAGCCUGAGCCUGAGCACCAAUAAUGGCAGCAACGGCAGCCUGCACGCUAGCUUCUCAGGAGAGGUACCUCUGUGCACGCCCCCUCACUCAGCAUUCUUCAACAACGCGCCUGGACAUCCCGCAGCGCCUCUACUGCCCGUGCCCCAGCGAUCCGAGGCGAUGUUUCAGCGCGUUGCUGAUCGUCUGCAACUGGACGUCGCAGAUGUCAAGUCUGCAGUGUUGCAGCAAGAUGCUCGCAAUCAGGCCGGAAGUCGCGAUGCUCGUCCGCCAGCUACACAUCACCGAUUGGAUCGUGAUACCCUGCGACUCAUCCUCGAGACAGUGAGAGCGGAAGACGAGCAGCGUCUUGCGAAGCUGGCCUCCUUCCGGACCGAGUACCUUCGAGCGGAGAGCCUGCGAAUGCAAGUGGAGCUUGAGCAGCACAGACAGGCACAUGUUCGAGAUCUUGAACAUCCUGCAGCAGGCCACACUCACGGCGCUGUGCCCGGUACGCCACCUCCCCCCUACGAGAUUUCGGAGAAUCAGCGCACUCAUGCCUAUCCUCGCCAGGUACCACCUGCCUUGCCUUCGCGUGCGCAUCGUUCUAUGGAUGACUACACCACGGGCCCGCCUCUUCUGCCGCCUUUGCAGACAUCAUCGCAGCCUCAAAACAGCGCUUUGAAUCGGCCGAGACACUCUGUGCCGUUUCAUGCUGCCGCAACUCAUCAUUCGGAGAGGAUUUUGGCUCCUCUGCCGCAUCAAGCACCGCCUGCAUUGAUGCGUCGCCGGGACACCUCGGCAUCCUUGCCUCACGACGUCUUUGGCAACCCUUUCGCAAGCUUGCCACGCUCUCCAGACCUCUUCUUCCCAAGUCCCUCAACGCACGCCGAUUCGAUCGCAUCCGAAUCGCGCCGCGGCAGCGUGGACUCCAACAUGAGCGGCGUGGGCAGUAAGCGCCGGCACGACGAGUCUGAAAGCAUUCCUACGCACGAGCACGGUGCCGAGUGGCUGCCCAGGCAAGGCGACGGGCUCGCAGCUUCUGUCGCGGCACGCCUGGCCCCGCCACGCACCUCGAGUCUCGCUGAUGCUACCGCGAGAAUGGACAUUCGAGACACCAACCCGGCAGGCUCCUCUCGCAGAACGAAUGGCAGCAUUAGGCCCCGGGGCAAAGCCUCUCGGCCCAGCAGCAGCGAAAGCAAUGCUAAUUCUAGCACAGGUAGCCUGGAUCACGAAGAGGUCAUGGCGCGAUUGCGCAGCAAGGUGGCAGCUAGGCUUGCUGCCAAGCAGCAGCAUGGCUCGGCAAGCACUGGGCUAGGCCUAGUCGACGCAAUGCCACUCCAAUCCACACCCGCCCAUCGCCGCAGCAGCAGAGGCCGCACGAAUCGCCCAGAGAGCGCUGGCAACGCUCCUAGACGGCGAAGCGUCGAAAGCCGAAGCGCGUCACGUCCGCGCAAGGUUGCGAGCAUGAGCCACCUCCAAAGGUGCGACGAGGCGCCUUCUCGCAGUCCAUCUGACGAAGAGCAACAGCAGACUCCCAUAGCCACAAAGCAGACAGGUAGACCUUUUGACUCCCCCAAUGUUAGUGGGAGCACUGGCAUUGAAGCUUUGCUAAACGCUGCAGCUAUACGCGAGACGAAUGCGGCCGCCACAAUCUCCUCCUUAGCAGACCCUUCAAGCGCGAUUGCACCCAUUAGCGAAAAUGCCAUCACCCCGCCUUCCCUCCGUACCGCUGCCUGACCCUUGAAGACAAAUCUGUAUCCUAGUAUUCCCAUUCCCAGAUUCUAGAACGUCGGUCACUUUCUGCACUUGCAGACGCGCAUGUGCGCAUACCCCCAAAUCAGCUCUUCGCGUCCCCGAAUCGCAAAACGAAUGCAGGCGGAUCAGAACAGAGCCUUGGCAAUGGGCAAUGUCGAUUUAAGAUGCUUGCCUGACGCGUGGACAUGGCGACGACCAGCUUGGUGAGCUGACGUGGUGCGAACGCGCUGC